UUUUGUACAUAUCGUAUCUAAAAAUAUAUCUUUGGUUAUUUAGUGGAUAAACAAAAAUGUUUGUUUACAUGUUGAACUGGUUUUACAUACUCCAUUACUUAAUUUGAUACAAAAAUUUAGUUUUUCAAAUGGAGAAAAACUUUUCCCAGUAAACGUUCGAACUAAAAAUAAAAAUGUAUUAACCUAUCUUCUCGUUUGUUUACACUUAACGUUUUGAAAAUUUUAUAGGUUAAGCCAAGAAAUAAUUUGAGUGGUAUGUGAAGACCUGUUACAAUGUGUAACAUAUUUAGCCCCGCCCUAUGUUUUCAUUUACUUUUGUUAUUACACCAUCUUGAAAUGUACAAACUGUAUAGGUUCUGCCCUUUGUAUGCUUCAUUUAGUACCUACCUACCACGUGUUUUAAUGAUUCAACAGGCACGAUGAGCCCCGAGUCGAGCCGCCUCAAGGCCCUCAGCGCGGAGUCGCUGCGGUCCGUGAGCCCCGGCAGCGACAGUGUGUUCUACAGCGAGUCGGCCGACCACAGCAGCAACACCGUCACCGCGACGGACGGCCAGGCCCCGCUGUGCCACCACUGCGGGCGCGAGGUCGACAAGGCCACCCUGUCCGGGGUCGAGGACGUGGACCACUUAGCUGCCGAGGGGCCCGACACGGACCAGCACGACAUCGUCCAGCCGCCGGCGGGCUUCGCGGACUCCCCGGAGGGCCCCCGCGGCACGAAGCCCCCGGGCCAGGCGGGCGGCCGCCUCUACAAGAAGCUGGAGAAGCGGUUCCGGUCCGAGGAGAGGGGCUGCCACGGGGAGCGGCGGCACCACAGCCGCUUCCGCUGCGAGGGGGCGCGCGCCAAGUCGGAGGAGAGGGGCAAGGAGGACCGCGUCAAGGUCAGACCCCUGACACGCUCAACUGACGCAAGCCUGGAGAUGUUGAGAGCCACUGACUCUAGUCCAAACAUGGGUCAGGAUAACAGUUUGUCUGACCACACAGGAGGAGAUGAUGAUGACGAUGAUAUGGGUGUGUAUGCAGAUUCUUAUAAGAAUUCUACUUGGAUAUACAUCAGCGAUUCUGAAGAAAUUCAUGUUUGGCAGAAACCAGAUUCUAAAAUUGAUGAAAAAGCAGACGCGAACGAGGACGCCCAGGACGGGCAAGUCAGCAGGCGGGGGUCGGCCGAGUCGACGAGUUCCGAGCGGGAGUUCCGCCGGAAGUACCAGGCCAUCACCCACCGCAUGGUGCACAGGAAGUCCAGCGUGGAGAUGUACAAGCGAUUGCAGUCCAAAUCGUUUGGGUGGGGGGUCCCGGCUGAGAAUAGCCCGGCAAGGCCACUGCAACCUGCGAGCCAUCACGGCCCGACUUUCUCCCCCUCCCUCAUUCAGCCGCCGGCAGUCCCGCCCUGUGCCACACGACGAGACGACCGGGAGUUGCGGCUGAGCGCGUGUAGGAAGCAUUCUCCUACACCGCUUCAUGUCGUUCACUGUUCCAGGAUCGCAGCCCGAGACGAGUGCUCUGCUUCGAAAAUGGUUUCCGCUGAUGCAAGCUAUGGUGUACACAAAACAUUGCAAAACAGCCUGGAGGAGAUAAUAAAGCAAAUGUUGAUGAUAUGGUGCAAGGAAUCUAUUGCAGUUAAGUUACUCUCAUCCCAGCCAAGUGAGUGCGACAAGACGGUGGUGGUCCAGCGGGAGUCGGGGGAGUUUGGCUUCCGGAUCCACGGCUCGCGGCCGGUCGUCGUGUCCGCCAUCGAGCCGGACACGCCCGCCGAGUCGUCGGGGCUCGAGGUCGGAGACAUCAUCAUCAGCGUGAACAGCGUGAACGUCCUCGAUGCGUCGCACUCCGAAGUGGUGAAGCUCGCCCACGCAGGCUCGGACACGCUCGAGCUGGAAGUGGCGAGGACGUGCAACGUGCUGACGCCCGUGGUGCGCGAGCCGGGCGCCGCCAGCCCUCUGUACUCCGGCUUCCUGUGGAAGCUGCGGAAACAGCCGGGCGCCGACCUGAAGCCCAGCGGCAAGUGGAUGGAGCGGUGGUUCUGCCUCAAGAGGGACAACUGCCUCUACUACUACAAGAGCGAUUCCGAAAGCCAGCCGCUGGGCGCGCUCAUGCUGGCCAACUACAGCGUGAGCCGCUCGCCCGACGCCGGCCGCCCCCACAGCUUCCAGCUGUGGCGGGACGGGGCGGCCGGCCUGUGGCUGGCCGCGGAGAGCGAGGAGUCCGCGACCCGCUGGGUGGCCGUCAUCAGCCACUCCGUCGAGCGGAACAGCCAGAUGGAUGAGUGGCUGGAUAUCAGCAAGCGUAACCUUAAACUUUCCCCGAGCUGCAUCCAGCAGCCAGAUUGCUUCGGCUACCUCAUGAGGCUCGGCGUUAAGUGGAAGACUUGGAGGAGGCGCUACUGCAUCCUCAAGGACGCCUGUCUCUAUAUCUACCAGGACAGUGCAGCGGAGAGCGCUCAGGGAAUGGUAUGCCUCCACGGGUAUAGAGUUCAAAACUCCAACACAGGAGGGAAAAGAUUUGCAUUUGAAAUCGUCUCCUCAGACAACCACCAACGACAUUUCUACUUUCACACUGACACCGAAAUGGACAGAAAGAGAUGGGUGGCAGCCCUCGAGUACUCCAUCGAUCGCUGGAUCAAAGUGGGGUGAGGGCAGUAACUCGGAUGCUCCUGCCCAGACUGCAUUGAAACCACACGUCCGCGGCCUUGCGCAACGUCCCAGCUACGACGGCAUGGUAGGAUACGCCCUCGACGGCAGCCAACAGAUACAUUGUGUAGGGAGUGGUCGUCGCGACCACCGGCUCUUGGCCACGUGGUAGCGUCGCCCGCAGAGGCGGGAUCGAAAACACGCGAUCUGAACGAUUAACGAAACCAAAAGCAGAGAAAUGAGAGAAGGUUGGAAUGAAUGAAAUGUUCUGUGUGUGUUAUAAACUACAAAUUUUUUUUUUUUUAAAUACAUAAUUAGUUGAAGGAAAUGAACACAAUUUGAAAUAAUACACUGGAAUGUGCCGUAGAAAUACAAAUACAAAUGCUUUUGUUUAACUAUACGUAAAGGAAUCAAUGUAAAAUAUUAGGAUGUUUGAGGCACAUAAUUUUGGAGUAUUGUCUUUGCUGCACAAAGUUUUUGCAUCGUUAACAGUCUGUGCACAAAAGAUAUUUGGUAAAUGUAACUAACCCUCUUCACUGUUUAACAUACGCAUGCUUAGUAAGUGUGUAAAGAUUCUUCAGUUAGUGGCGGUAGAUCGAAAAUGUUCAUAGGUUCUGAAAAGGGAAAAAAAAAUUAUUUUUGGUGUUAUUGUAGGCCUAACCAAUUUGUUCAUAAAUAUAAAACUAAAUUUAUUGUUUGAUGUGAGGUUUUCAUGUAAAUUUUAACCGUACAUAGUUACUGCAAAUAAGUGUAUGCUCAUAAAUCAUGUAUCUGAAGGGAAUCUAAACAUCCAUAGCAAUUUACUGUAGUGGUGUUCAAGUUCAGAUUUGGGUAAAGAAUUAACCGGUUGGCUGUCCUGCUGUGUAUUGAGAAUGAAUCAAUUAAUUAAAAAUUCUCUUCCACCUGAAAAAAA